AUGUUACUAUCUGAACAAACUACAACUCAAGUUGACCAUAAUUACCUUGAACUGCUUAUCUUCAUCCAAUUGCGUGACGACGCGGAAGCUUUACAGUACAAUUAUUUGUUUUAUUUUCCACCAUCUAUGUAUCUAUACAACAAUAGCAUCAAUGGCAAUGUACCUACUAAGAUCGGCCAGUUGCAGUUUCUCCACAAGCUGGAUCUUAGAUUGAACAACUUCUCGGGCAACAUACCAGACCAAAUAUCUAACCUCAAAAACUUGGAUACAUUGGAUCUCUCCAUUAAUCAUUUGGCUGGAAAAAUUCCAGACUCACUCAAGACUCUUAACUUCUUGUCAUAUUUGAAUGUCUCAUACAAUGAUCUUGAAGGACCAAUACCAACAAGCACUCAGCUGCGAAGUCUCAAUGUCAUUGCAUUUGAGGGGAAUCCGAAACUUUGCGGUGCCCCACUUCUAAAUGAGUGUCGACUUCCAAAUGAGUGUCAACUAGUUAAUGGUGGUGAUGCAGAUAACAAGAACAGCCAAGAUGUGGACGAUCAGCAUCAAAUUCCAUUACGGCAUGGCGAUAUAGAUAUUUUCAAAUCCUAG